ACAGGCGUGAUAGCGACGUACAAAGCUAAUAGAAAAGUUUCGCUUUGUUUCUCGCGUUGAAAUUUAACACCACAUUUUAAAACAAGACAAGGUGUCUCUGUGCAAUGGACGUCAUGCAGAGGAGACGGUUCCACGAGGACACGGUUCAGUACAAACUGUUCCUGGUCCCAACAGACGCGUCAACGUCUCAGCAAACAGCGGAACAUCUCCCACGUCUCCUGGACGAGAUCCUGGCUAAGGUCGCCCCUCUCGUGAUCCAGCACAUCUGGCAGCAUCAGCCCUUCCACCUCAAGUGUCACCCCGAGAAAGGUGAUGAACCUGCUCACAUCGGGGGCAGCACUCAGUUUGGGGACAAUGUGGAGGAUGAGUGGUUUAUCGUCUACCUCCUGCAGCAGAUCACAGAGAACUUCCCACAGCUUGCAGCCAGAGUUGAGGACAACGAUGGGGAGUUUCUUCUGAUCGAAGCUGCAGAUUAUCUUCCCAAGUGGCUGAAUCCAGACACCAGUGAACUCCGGGUCUUCCUCUAUAAGGGGGAAUUGCACAUCCUUCCCUGCCCGACCAAAUCCAGUCCAGUGGGCUUCUCGAGGGAUGUGGUGCCCAGUGUGGAACAAGCUCUGACGCUGCUCUCCACGCACACAGGCGCCUGUCGAGCUAGUCCGAAGAUUUGUUCAGCCCUGAGGAAACGACUAGAGGGGUACCCAGAGAAGGUUAAGACAAAUCUCCACCACGCCCACUGCUUCAUACCGGCAGGUAUUGCCGAGGUGCUGGCACAGCGGCCAGACCUAGUCGCCCCGGCAGUGUCAGCAUUCUACCUGCGGGAUCCAGUGGAUUUGCAAGCGUGUCGGAGCUUCAAGACCUUUCCUCCUGUUACAAGAGUCUUGGCAUCGGUGACAUUCACCCGUUGCCUUUAUGCUCAGCUGCAGCAGCAGGAGUUCACCCCCGACCGGAGGAGCGGCUUCACACUGCCUCUUCGCUCUCAUCCCCAGUACAAAGCCCACGAGCUUGGCAUGAAACUGGCACAUGGCUUUGAGAUCCUGUGCUCAAAGUGCAGGCUGCCGUCAUCAGAGCCUGAUGCCCCCGUCAGCUGUAACCCUCAGUGGAAAAGCUUCAUGGAUAGUCUGAAGAGGAACGGCUACUUCCAGGGAGAGCUGGAAGGCUCGAGCCAUUACAGAGAACUCACACGAUCUGCAGAGAACUUCUUCAAACAGUCAGUCGCCACAACAUCGAGUGCUUUGUCCCAGGGUGAGGAGGUUCUCCGUCUUCUGCAAAGCUGCAAUUCCUUCGACUUGGAGGAGCUGAGGAAACAAGAGUCACAGCUCCCCCAAGAGGACAGUGACAGCUGGCUUGAUAUCACAGCUCAGGAUUUGGAGCGUAUGUUGCAGGAGAGGAGCGGGGGGAGGGCUGAUGUUGGCAGCCAGAACUCAAGCUCCACCAAACAGACACAGCCCGUCACGGGUGCAAAGGAGAAGAGAAAAGAGAUAGAGGGCGACAAGGAGGAAGAGGAGGCCAAUUACAGCCUGGUAGCUGUCAGUCAGGGGAUGAAGAACUUCCUCAGCUCCAUGGCAUCGCAUGAGGGAGCUGAGCUUCCUUGGAGCGGCUCAGCUCAUCCUUUCAGUUUUGAGCCGGACUCGAUGUCCAACGCUCUGGACAGACUGCUCGGGAGUAAAGAAGAAGAGCUAGAUUCAGACGAUCUAGAUGAUGAUGAUGAUGACGAAGAGGAGGAGGAAGAAGAAAAAGAGGAGGGGUCAACUGGUCACGAUGAGAGAAAUGGAACAGAAACGUUGGACAGUCUGAGAGGAUACAUGGACCAAAUGGAUUCGGAGCUGAUGGGCACUAAUAUUGGAAAAAGCUUCAAUCCAACAGAUUACGCCAAUGCAGACGUGGAUGAGACAGAGGAGGAGAUCCAGCCUCUUGACGUGGACUUAAACCUGAUAUCAAACCUGCUGGAGUCCCUGAGCUGCCAGGAGGGUUUGGCUGGACCAGCCUCCAACCUGCUGCAGAGCCUGGGCCUACACCUUCCACCCAACUCCGAUUCCUCAUAACGAAGAAGAAACUAAUGGUUGAGGAAGUAUAAGAAUAAAAAGUAUCGACCACCAGCCAGGGGCAGCAUCUCAAACUGUCAACAGAGGGACUUUUGUAACUUCUGUGGCAUUCAUCCAUGUAAAAGUUGCCAAGUAGAGUUUUCACUGUGUCCAAAUGUGUUUUUGUUUACAUUCCUUCAUCGUGUUCUUUAAGACGAGCGGAGACAAAGAAGACAUUUAUACAUUCAUCUAUUCUAAAUGUUUUGAAACCUGCAUCGUUUGCGGUUUACAGGUAAUAAUAAAUUGCACAAGUACAAAAAGGCAAGAAGCUCAGAAGAUGUGCAGCAGAUGCAUUUAAUUGAAUGGGAAGAAAAAUACAUGUCACACAUUAAAACAUUUCAUUAAUACACAUUUCAGAUUGAUGGCCCCAUCAGUUUUCUGUGAUGGGGUCGUAUUUGUGGCAGUGUGUAAAGAAAUGAGUUUAUCUUCAGUUUUGGUUGCACUGAACAAACAGAUGUGUUGCCAUGAAUCUGUAGAACAAGUUGUUAUUGUUCUUUUUUUUUCAUGAUACUCUGAAAGUCUUGUCUUGUGAUCUAAAGCUCAGUAAUUCCAUGUUUUUUGGACGGUAACUAAAAGUGAAAUGAUAAUGUACAAUUUUCUACAGUGGAUAUUCAUGCUGCUAAUGUUGAAAUACAUGUACUGAUGGUGUUUUUUAACUGCACUUACAAACUUAAGUUAGAAACGGAAUAAAUAUUUUUGCAAGUAAAUUUAUUUUAGUGUUUUUUCAGUUGUUAAAUGUAAA